CACCCAUUUUAUUUCGCUCUUGAAAAAACUCGUAUUUGUUUCUUGAUUUUCGUUUCGUAUCGUUUCAUGGAAUGCUUAGAAUCCAUAGAUUCAACGGCCAAUGCCUACAAACUCCUUUUCAAAGCUAUCAAAGAGAUACCCACAUCACAUUAUGUGUUUGGUUUGUUUCUUUUCCUCAUUGUUUUCUUGUACAACUUCUUGGAGUUCCAUUUUCUCGAAAAUCUUGUUUCUGGCUUUCGAGGAAGUCCCGUGUCAUUGACGUAUAAUCCGUGCUCGAAAAUCUACGAAGGUGUUGCCAAGAAGUGUCAAAUUCUUCAUGGAAGAUAUUUGGUGACACCGUGGCUGUCAAGUCCUCAUUUCCAAACCACAUUUAUAAAUUUCUUGGGGAGGCCUCCUGUUGUCAGAUACAAAAGGUGAUGUUUCUCUUCAUAUAAGAGUACUUGAAUGAUAAU